AUGGACGUGCCGACAAAAACAAUCGAAUUGCUUGCCCGGCAAAAGACCACGAGCAGUCUCGACACCUUUGUGUCGCUGCUAUCGAAUCCUUUCGCACAGUCGGCAACUUGUUUGCAGAUCGAGAAGAACGCUUUCUGGUCUGCCUUGGGCACUUCAAUCGGUGGCUCUGCCUUGAUCGCCUGCCUUUUCUGUUUCGUCCGUCCGUACAACAGCGUUGUCUACGCUCCUCGUUCACGACAUGCCGACUCCAAACACGCCCCACCGCCGGUCGGUAAGGGUGUACUCGACUGGGUUGCACCCGUCAUGAAGACGAAAGAGCAGGAGCUCGUAGAGAAGAUUGGACUUGACGCCACCAUCUUCCUGCGCUUUGCAAACAUGUGCCGAAACAUUUUCAUCUGCAUCACCAUUGUGGGCUGCGCCAUUCUCAUUCCCAUCAAUUUGUACGAACAUCGCAGCUCCAUUAGCAGCACAGGGGCAAAAAACUUCUUCACACAGUUGACGUCGCAGGGUGUCCAAGGCACAUAUCUCUGGGGUUAUGUCCUGCUCGCCUGGUUCGCAAACUUGACCAUCGCCUUCUUCCUCUGGCGCAACUACAAGAGCGUUCUACGCCUGCGUAGAGCUUACUUCAACAGUCCCGAAUACCAGAAGAGUCUGCAUUCUCGAACUUUGCUCAUCACCGAGAUCCCGAGGGGUCUGCGAACUGAUGAAGGACUCGUCAAGAUUGUGACUGAAGCCAGAGACACUGGCUCGAAUCCGCGUACUGCCAUUGCACGUAAUGUCAAAGACCUGCCAGAGCUCAUCGAGGAACACAACGAGACAGUGAGAAAGCUCGAGUCGGUCCUUGCCAAGUACCUAUCGAACCCCAACAAGCUGCCACCAAAGCGACCAACCUGCUCUGUCAACAAGUCGGAUCAAACUUACCGCAAAGGCCAAAAAGUCGAUGCUAUUGAAUACCUGACUGCGCGCAUCAAGGAACUCGAGAUGCAGAUCAAGGAGGUCAGAGAAUCCAUUGACAAGAGAAACGCCAUGUCAUAUGGAUUCGCUAGUUAUGAAUCCAUUGCCGAUGCUCAUACUGUUGCGUACAAGGCACGCAAGAAGGGUCCUCAUAAGACCUCCAUUCGUUUGGCACCUAGGCCUCAUGAUCUCAUCUGGAAGAAUUUGCCCAUGACAAGCAAACAACGAAAUUGGCAAACCUUCAUCAACAAUAUCUGGGUUGCUGUCUUGACCGUCGCUUGGGUUGCCCCUAACGCACUCAUUGCCAUUUUCCUUUCUAACUUGUCCAACCUGGGUCUCGUCUGGCCGGCGUUCAACACCAACCUCCACAAUAAUGAAACGGGAUGGGCUAUUGUCCAGGGUGUGGCAGCACCUGCUCUCACAUCUCUGUUCUACUAUUUUCUGCCUACCAUCUUUAGACGAUUGAGCAACAAUGCGGGUGAUCUCUCAAAGACCAGCAGAGAGCGUCACGUCAUGCACAAGCUUUACACGUUCUUCGUCUUUAACAAUUUGUUCCUGUUCUCGCUGUUCGCUGCCAUUUGGGGCUACGUCGCUGCGGUCAUCAGCAGCAGUCAAAAGGAAGACGCCUGGUCUGCCAUCAAGGAUGGUGAUCUGCUGCAGAAGGGUAUAAGAGCUCUCAACUCCGUCUCGACGUACUGGAUCACUUGGCUCCUUCAACGCAACCUAGGUGCCGCUGUUGAUCUCGCUCAAAUUGUCAACCUUGCCUGGGGGUCGUUUUCUCGUCACUUCUUGCAUCCCACACCACGUGAGCUGAUUGAGUUGAGUGCACCACCGACAUUUGAUUAUGCUGGAUACUACAACUACUUCCUAUUCUACUCAACAGUCGCGUUGUGUUUCGCCUACGUCCAACCUCUGGUGCUUCCUGUCGCGGCCUUCUAUUUCUGGGUUGAUUCAUACUUGAAGAAGUAUCUGCUUCUGUACGUCUUCAUCACCAAGACAGAGUCUGGAGGUCAAUUCUGGAAGGUCUUGUUCAACAGAUACAUUUUCCUUACCAUCUUGUCCGAUGUUCUGGUGGCUUUGGUAUGCAUUGGAAACACAACAUUCGGAUACACACAAUGGCUGCCUAAGGUCUGCGCUCUGGCUCCCCUGCCAAUCCUCAUGUUGGCGUUCAAAUGGUGGUGUGCAUACCACUUCGACAACAAGUUGGCCUUCUACACAACUGGAGUCACAGCAGCGGACACUGAGAACCCAGCAGAGAUGAAGACUAGACGUACAGAUCGCGUUGGCGUUCGUUUCGGUCACCCUGUGCUUUACAAACCUCUCAUCACACCCAUGGUCUCAGAAAAAGCGAGACAUCUUCUACCAAGCGUCUACUCGGGACGUACUGCAGAGGUGGAAGUGCCGAUGGCCGGCUAUUCCGAUGUGUACAUGGAUUCUAUGGUGCACGACGAACCUGGUAAGACCGCUAAGGGCGAGUCGGCGGCACCAUUCGAAUUCGUAUCCGAGAACCAGAUGGACUUCGAGUUCUAUAAGAACAGACCCGAAUUUAGAGAUCAAGCAGGUGGCGAUGGAGAGCUUUAUGGUAGACCUCAAGACAUGGUCCGUAGAGGAUCGCACGGAACCCUGAUGACACAAGACGGCACUAUCAUGACAGACUAUGACAGUCGUAGAGGGUCAAGCGACUCGGCAGCGACAAGGAUGGGUGAGGAGACGGGCACGACGUAUCCCCAGGGCUACCACAAGACACCGACAGCACUUCGCGAUCAGAGUCCUGCUAGUAGUGUACGCUCGAUGGAUAUCGGUAAUGCCGAUCGCCGUCUUGAUAACGAACACCUUCUGUCGGGAGCUGCAGGUAUGGGAAGGGGCGGCAUGCCAGCACCGACUCCUGGAGGUUAUGGACCUCUACGUUUAGGAGAAAUCCAUACACCUGGCGAAAGCGACCAGGAAGACACGAGUUAUGAUUAUUUCCGAAGGGGAAGAGGGCUCAACUGA